AUGUAUCGGAAAAUUUGGGUCGGAGAACGUGGAGAAAAGCCAAAUCAUUUAUUUCUUCUGUCCGUUCUCCUGAUUGAUAACGUCUCGAUCCUAGAUUCCUUCAUCACGGUAGCCUAUCCAAACAUUGAGUCGUCCUGUUUCGUCACAAUAGGUGUGAUCCAUCCUCACUCCCGCUAUUCCGGUAGUAUCACCGGUCUUCGGGAUCGUCAUAGGACUGAGCUGAAUGCCUUCAAUGUGAUGCAGAAGACUGUCACAGAGGUAUCCCGAGGUCCUCUGGAAGUAAUUCUGGGGUCUAACGGAGAGGCGCCCACCGCUUCUACAGAGUAUGGUCAUAUACAUAUACCGUUCGACGGAAAUUGUCUGUCUCAAUUCUUCGUGAAGAGUGACCAGUCCGAUUCAUAG